AUGGAUCCUAACAACGUACCCACAAACACCGAGGCCGAGUUGGAGUCCUUCCGUCGGAAAUGGAGAGAAGAGGUCACCGCCCGCUCAAAGGCCCAGGCGCCUGCUGCAUCAUCGAGCAAGCCCCGUCCAACCAAGGCCAACCCAACACAGGCUCAGUCUCACGCCCACUCACACGCUCGUAAAUUAAGUCUAGAGGGCGGCGACGAGGUUCAAUCUUACAUAUACCACAAUCUCGACGACAAGCAGCAUGGCCGGAGACUGGAUGAAACACCCGCUCAGACCGCUGCCGCUCUUGCAAAAGGCAAAGAACCUACCUCUGCUCUGGAGCAUUAUGAGAAGGCUGUAGAAAAGGAGAGCCAGGGCAAUCUGGGGGAAAGUGUAGACUUGUAUAGAAAGGCUUUCAAGCUCGACUCUAGAGUACAGGAUGUAUACAAAGCAAAACAUUAUCCACCAUCCUACUUCAAGAAACUUCAAGUACAACAUAUACCUGCUGCUUCAUCUUCAUCGACAGCCCCAGCACCGGUGUCGAAACCACAGGACCCAAAUCCCUCCAAUGCCUCGGUCACGGUACCAAACACCGCCCACCACUCCCUUCAUGGCCUUUCCUCUUCUUUGCAGACCUUAAUCAGCGGAUACUCGCAAACCUCUAUUCUUGGCGAGCCUCCGCCAACAGAUCUCAGCCCCACACCACCAUGUCCCAUCGCCAGCAUUCCCGAGGAAAUAGUCGUCGAGAUUCUCGAGCAGCUCGCCGUGCAGGAUCUCGCCUCAUUUGUCCGCCUAUCCCAAGUAUGCAAACGCCUCGCCUACUUGGUACUGACCGAAGACCGAGUCUGGAAACGUCUAGCCCUGGGUGAUGAGUACGGCUUUGGGGGCAUGCACUACACCUAUACCUGUGGCAUUGACGGCAAACCGCUCGAAGACGAAGAGGGCAUCAUCCUGGGCACCUCCAACCUCAAUCUCUCAGACUCAGACGAUACGGAACAGUUCACUCCAGACCCAGACCCUUCUCCCGCAGCACUAACCCAGCUCCUGGUUCCCUCACCAUACCCCAGCUACCGCACGCUGUUCCGCCAGCGACCCCGCAUCCGUUUCAACGGGUGCUACAUCAGUACAGUCAACUACGCGCGCCCCGGCCAGGCCCAACCGACAACCUCAACCUGGAACUCGCCCAUCCACAUUGUCACCUACUUCCGCUACCUACGUUUCCUCCGCGACGGAACCUGCAUCUCGCUGCUGACCACCUCGGAACCUCCAGACGUAGUACCUUAUCUGUACAUUGAGCACCUGCACAAAAACCAUCAUAAUCUCCCCACCGCCCCCAUGAAAGACGCCGUCCUUGGCCGUUGGCGCCUCAGUGGCCCGGAAAUCCCCUUGACGCCCGGCGAAGAGGCUCUGGACGUGGAGACUGAAAAGGAAGGAACUUUGCAUAUUGAGACGCCUGGCGCAACACCCAAAUACAUAUAUAGAAUGGCCCUCACCGUCGGCAGUGCCGGCAAGAACGCAAAGAUCAACAGACUUGUCUGGCAGGGUUACUGGAGCUACAACCGCUUGACGGACGAUUGGGCAGAGUUUGGCUUGAAGAACGAUCGCGCCUAUUAUUUCAGUAGAGUCAAGAGCUAUGGCAUGAGCUGGGAUGAAAGGGGUAUCAAGCCCUAUUAG